AUGGAUCUCAAAUUAGUUUCAAUCUUUUUUUGCAUUGUUAUAUUGCUUCAUUCAUCAAAAAUUACUUUUGCUGAUCAUUCUACUAAUCAAAAUGAUUUAGAAACUUACAUUGUGCAGCUUGAGUUGCCUGAUGAUUUUGUUUUGUCUGAUUCAAAAGAUUCAUACCUCUGGCAUCAAUCAUUUUUGCCUAAAACUUCAGCAAAUUCUGAUCUUUCAUCGCGCAUUAUUUAUUCUUAUCGUCAUGUGUUUAAUGGAUUUGCUGCAAUGUUGUCAUCAGAUGAAGUGAAAAUGAUGGAGACACAACCAGGAUUCGUAUCUGCGCGUCCCCAAAGAGUGCUGCAGUUGCAUACCACACACAGUCCAAGUUUCCUUGGGUUGCACCAGAAUGUUGGCUUGUGGAAUGCCUCAAAUUCUGGUAAAGGUGUGAUUAUUGGCUUAUUAGACUCUGGAAUAAAUCCAAAUCAUCCUUCAUUCAACGACCACGGAAUGCCUCCUCCUCCUGCUAAAUGGAAAGGAAAAUGUGAGUUCAAUUACAAAGCUUGUAACAAUAAGCUUAUUGGAGCACGAAACCUUGUGAAGACGGCUGAGUCACCUUUGGAUGGAGAUGGACACGGGACACAUACUUCAAGCACAGGCGCUGGAAACUUUGUAGGUGGUGCCAAUUUGCUUGGUAAUGCUAAUGGCACUGCUGUUGGUAUUGCACCCCGUGCUCACGUGGCCAUGUACAGAGUCUGUGAUAAAGAUGGUUGUCCUGAAGUCUUUAUCUUAGCCGGUUUUGAUGCUGCCAUUGAAGACGGGGUGGAUGUGAUCUCCGCUUCUGUUGGAGCAACGGCUUUACCUCCUUAUGCAGAAACCAUGGCAAUUGGAGCGUAUAGAGCGAUUGAAAAGGGGAUUUUUGUAACUUGCUCAGCUGGAAAUAGCGGACCAUUUAGUUCUACUGUAGAGAAUGGAUCCCCAUGGAUUCUAACUGUUGGUGCUAGUUCAACAGAUAGAAAGAUCAGCGCGGUAGCAGUUUUGGGUAAUGGAUCUGAAUAUGAGGGUGAAUCAGCCUUUCAAUCAACAAACAUGUCACGAAAAUUAUUGCCCCUCAUAGAUGGUGGUGAUUGCGAGUCAUUAGCUAUUAUUGAUGUCAGAGGUAAAAUAGUGUUGUGUGCAGCUGUGGGUAGCUUGUCUGGAAUCGAAAAAGGAGAAGAAGUGAAAAAAGCUGGUGGCGCUGCCAUGAUUCUCAAGAACGAAGAAGAGCAAGGCUAUACAACAUUUGCAACUAUUCAUGUCCUUCCUGCAACACAUGUCAGUUACCUCGACGGACUAAAGAUCAUAAACUAUAUAACAUCAACGUCAACCCCAGUUGCAACGAUAUCAUUUAAGGGAACAAGAAUUGGAGACAAGCACGCACCAGUAGUUGCUUCCUUCUCUUCCAGGGGACCAUAUACCGUAAGUCAAGGCAUAUUAAAGCCUGACAUCAUUGGGCCUGGAGUGAACAUCCUUGCAGCAUGGAUCAAACCCCCUGCAGGGGUGAUACCAUCUGCUACAUCCACAUUCAACAUUAUUUCUGGCACGUCGAUGUCUUGCCCUCACCUUGCAGGAGUAGCAGCCUUGUUAAAGAGUGCACAUCCCGAUUGGUCUCCAGCUGCAAUUAAGUCUGCAAUCAUGACGACUGCUGAUUUAGUCAACCUUGGCAACAAUCCGAUUCAGGAUGAAAAACUCAACCCUGCUGAUCUACUUUCAAUUGGAUCAGGGCAUGUAAACCCAUCAAAGGCAAAUGAUCCGGGCUUAGUCUAUGACAUUCAACCCCAAGAUUAUGUGCCUUAUUUAUGCGGCCUAAACUACACCGAUCAACAAGUUAGUAGCAUUGUGAAUAAGAAGGUACAUUGCACGUUGAGCAUAGCUGAAGCAGAGUUGAACUAUCCUUCAUUUUCAAUUGAUCUUGGAUCAAGUGCUCAAACGUACACAAGGACCGUUACUAAUGUUGGUGAGGCUAAUUCGACUUACACAGUUGAAGUUAUUGGAGUUGAAGGUGUCGCGUUGAGUAUUAAACCUAGUAUCUUGAAAUUCUCAGCUUUGAACCAGAAGUUGUCCUAUGAAGUAACAUUUAAGCGUUCAACUUCAACAGAUUCUUCACAAGGAUACAUAAAAUGGUCUUCAGCCAAGUACUCUGUUAGGAGUCCAAUAUCAAUUUUCAAAUUGCACUAAAGAUGAGUUUGGAGUAUAUUAGUUAUGACACUUCCAUUG